AUGGUUACAUGGAAUGUACGCACGUUACUUGACCGUAGCGCGUCUGACAGACCCGAACGUCGCACAGCACUGGUAGAUAGAGAACUUUAUAGGUACAGCGUUGAUAUUGCAGCACUGCAGGAAACCCGCUUGAAAGAACAGGGGCAAAUUAAAGAGCAAAAUUACACCUUCUUCUUGUCUGGCCACCAGAAAAAUGGCCCUAGCCAAGCGGGUGUAGCUCUUGCAAUUUCCAACAAGCUGCUAAGAAACCUACCAUCUCAACCGAAACCAAUCUCUCCCAGAUUGAUUCAACUUCGACUUGAUCUGGAUAUGCGGCGAUCGGCGACUGUCUUGAGCGCCUACGCACCGACAAUGACAAAUAAUUAUGAAACAAAGGAACAAUUUUACAGUCAACUGGCUGAAACAAUCCGAUCUGUCCAGAAAUCAGAUAAAAUUCUCAUUCUUGGGGACUUCAACGCACGUGUUGGAGGAGACUAUGUGACGUGGGACAGGGUGGUCGGCAAGUUUGGCCGUGGAAAAACCAACAGCAAUGGUGAAAUGCUGCUGUCGCUGUGCACUGAGUUUGAUCUUGCAGUAACUAAUGCUUACUUCAACAAUCCCGAUGGGUGGUACCACUCCUGGUGCCAUCCGCGUUCAAAACACUGGCACCUGCUCGACUAUGUGCUUACUCGAAGAGCGGACAUCAAGGACGUAUGCAGCACACGGGCACUGCGUGGUGCGGAUUGCCACACUGAUUAUCGAAUGAUUCGGACGAAGCUGAAACUGACUGUAGAUCCACCACGUCGGAAAACUGCACCAAAACCAACGAAACAUUUGAAUGUAGCGGCCCUUCGGGACCCAGAAGUGGCAAGAAAGCUAGCAAUCGGCAUGGACGCAAGCCUUAAUUGUGAACAGCCUGAAAACACCUCACCUGAAUUCCUUUGGCAUGACUUUAAAUCAAAAGUUUAUGACACUGCAUCUAAAGUGCUUAGCCAUCCUGAACGUCGCAAUGCUGACUGGUUCAACGUAAAUGAUGCUGAGAUACGUAAGUACUUCUUUAAACCAAAAGGAAGAUGUUCAACAAGACUCUACAUAAAGGAUGCACGCGGUCUGUAA